GAAUGUGUCGAAUUCUUGUUCAAGGGAUGUGGAGGAAAUCAAAAUCGUUUUGCCUCAAAGGAGGACUGCUUGCAGGGAUGCAAAAGUCUAACUCUUUGCGGUAAAGGUCUUCCACUUAUGGAUUUCGCAGGAAAUAUCAAGAGAUGCGAAGCCGACAGAGUGCCCUGUCCAGGCUCUCACGAAUGCAUUGGGCGUGGAAUGGAGUCAGUGUGCUGCCAGAAAGCAGAUACUACUACGAUGCCGCGUCUAAACUCUGUCCGUUCCUUCACUUUCACUGGCUGCGGCGGCAACGAGAACAAUUUCAAGACAAAAGGCGAAUGCACACAGUUUUGCAGCAAUGAGAUUAUUUGUCCACGAGGUGAUCCUCACCCUGAUCGAUAUUCAAUCAAUAAAAUUGCAACUUGCCACGAAGACAAGCACUGUCCGAGAAACUACACAUGCACUCCAGGAUCGGAAAGAAAGGAGCGUGCUGUCCAAGUAAAGGUGGCGAGUGACUCCGAG